GAGACCGAGAGAAAGAGAGCGAGCGGGUGAGGUGGCUUUGCGCCUCGACCACAUUCCUCUUGGACUGCCUUGCCCGCCAGUCGCAAUCAACGAAUAGAUACUCAAGCCACGUGUAAGACUUUCUACGCAGAUCGUGUACGUGUUGCAGAGGUAUAGACCUUUUUGCAUGUAACCAGAGGUCGCCAGGCAGGAUACAGCAGAGACGGGGCUGGCUUGCUUGGAUUGAGCUUACAACCGGCUUCGAGAGCGUCAACUGUCGACAGCAGCGGCCGACGAUGGUUGCCCAAGCGUCGUGCCCCGGCAGAGCAGGGCCAACGCCCGCAACGAGCAACAGCUUCAGGCGGAGGAGACGCGUGCAGUCAUCAUCAUCGCAGCGACCUUGGAGCUCGCUGGCUUUCAUGGGACUGCUGCCCUACCUAGCGUGGCUUGGGAGCAGCGGGGGGGGGGGCGUGGCGAGGGCUUCGUGGAUAGACCCCGACACCCUUCCAGAGCACCGCACGAAAGACUUCGAAGGAGACGAUAGGCAAUUCGACCUGGUGUUUAGCGAUGAGUUCGACAGAGACGGAAGGACUUUCAACGACGGGCGCGAUCCUAGAUGGAUGGCCAUGAACAAAAACGACUACACCAACGCCGCGCUCCAGUUCUACAGCCACGAUAUGUGCGAAACCCGGGACGGAGCGUUGGUGAUCACGACCAACAAUACCGAUGUGGAGUUCCAGUACUACGACACCCCCCACAAGAAAUACAAGAGCAUGGCCAAGACCUACGUCAGCGGAAUGAUGCAGUCGUGGGACAAGUUUUGCUUCACGGGGGGGAUCGUGGAGAUCAGGGCCAUCUUGCCCGGGCGGCCGGACGUCGGGGGCUUGUGGCCGGCGAUGUGGCUAAUGGGCAACCUGGCGAGGGCCACGUAUACAGCGUCCUCCGACUUCACGUGGCCGUGGAGCUACAACAAGUGCAACCGGACCACCGAUGAACAGGCCGACUGGCAGAGGCAGCAGGAGAUAUCGGCCUGCGACGCCUCGGUUCACUAUGGGUUCCACCCCAACACCGGACGCGGGGCCCCCGAGAUUGACCUCCUCGAGACGAUGGCAGGGACUAAACCAGGAGUGGCACCGGGAACGUCGAUCGAGGAGCGACCAACAGAAGGAAGGGUGCCCCGCCCCGGGACUUGGUACGAGGAGGACAUCCACUACGGCAAGAACUCCACCCUCAACAAAUGGUUCUACGGUGUGCUUCUCGAGCACGACUUGCCUGGGAAAAGCUACUAUGCUGAUGCAGUCUCGAGCAACCACGUCCUGUCAGAAACUCACUUCGAAGACUUGCACACGUACCGGUUGGACUGGCAACCGGGUGGAGGCGAUGACAGCUCUAAGGGGUACCUCCGGUGGUACGUGGAUGACGAGCUCCUUUACGGCAUCAGCGAUGACACUUUGGAGAGCUUCCACGGGUCGCAGAUCCCGCUGGAGCCCAUGUACCUUCUCCUCAACACGGCAGUGUCGACUACCUGGGGCUUCCCCGACUGCCACACCGGAUGCGCUUGCGACUGCUUCGAUGCCCGAGACCCGGCCUGCGCGUGCGCUGUCGCGCCAGGGUUCGACGGCGUCUUUCCGGCGGAGUUCGUGGUCGACAGCGUAAGGGUUUACCAGGCACUCAACGACACCACGCACACUCUCGGCUGCGACACGGAGCAAUACCCCACGAAAGACUUCAUUAAGGCUAACCACGACCUGUAUAAGAGCCCCGACGACGACCACGUGAUGCUCUCCGUGCAGAGCGGCGGCGGGAGUUGCAGGACAAGCGACGACUGCAAUGACAACGAGUGCUACGAGGGGAAAAGGUGCAGGUGCUCCGACAUGUGGACGGGUCCGCGGUGCCUAGCAGCGACGGCGAGCUACGACUAUGUCUACGAUGCCCACGCCCACGACAGGUGGCCCAUGCAGCCCCCGCUGGUGCCAACUACCUUGAAACGGUUGUUGGCGGUGCUAGGCGCCACGUUCGCGGUGACGCUGUUAAUGCGAUACAACCACCGGCAGAAACGAAGACUGUACGUAAGCUUGGACAACGCUGGUCUCACUAUUCCUGCCCCAAGCCUAACCUCUCAAUGAAUCCCCCGAGAGGGACGGUUAGUGUCAGGAGAGGUAAGGGGCGACGUCACGCGUCCCUACCAGGUAGUAGUUUUUGUGAGUCUGUUCUGUUGUUGUCGUUAGCGUGGACGUGUUGGCAGUUUCGACCCCUUUUCAUUUGGAAGUGGUCCAGCGCCUGUCUAAUGUUUGUGUGCAGGUUAUGAAGUGUGUUCCUCGAGAGCGUAAAGGGGGCGAUAAACAGUCGUGUCGUUGUAGGUUUGAGUACAAGUAGAGUUGGUGGUGAAAGCAGGGCAGGAGAGAUGCGGCAAGACAGCAGCAGAACGUGUAGUUCUUUUUGUCGAUGCGGCAUCACGGCAGCAGGGAAUGGACCGUUCUCGUUGUCGGAAGGGGGGGAUCUGCCCACAUGUAUGCAUGGGUUGUUCCUCACGUCGUGCAAUUGGGUGAAGUCUCACUAUUGCACAAAUCGCCGUGUGACUUUCCUCAGCAAUGCGCGUCAUGGCAAACCCUUAUUAGAAUACAUGGUGUGGCGUCGAAGGUUGUGCAUGCCGUACCCUAUACGAGGCAACCGCCUUUCGCCUGUGACAGCUGCUUGUUCGACAGUUUUGUUUGUAUGCCUUUGAACGUGGACACUCUUUGUUGUUGUCGAAGUGUCGCGCGGGUUUGUUGCUGAUACUUACUUGAGGCGGUAGCUGUAUUGCGAUUGAUUUGUCCCGUAGCUCGGCGACAUGUAGGAUAGAUUAGGCAUUUGGUGUUUUUUGUAGUGAGGCGUUCUGAGUCCCAGGGAGGCGGGUCGCCGUUGAGUCCCGCGACAUGUUUACGUCAGUCGUUGUUGUUGUCUUAUCUCAGUAAUAAUAGUCUUCAUUU